AUGGAUAUGGGAGAUACGAUGACGAUGGGCGGUGCCCCAACAGACUCGCCAUUGAAUGCUUCCGGUGUCGAUUUCUCAAAUAGUACCCAAGCCGCGAACUUCUUGGGCGAGAUCCUCGAUGAUACAGAGUUCCAAGUCGAUGGAAAUAUGUAUGCGAGGAAUUUCUGGUUUGGAGUCUGCGCAGUCAUUGCUGUGUGUGCGUUCUUCAACUUCUCACAAAAGGCCACCUUCAGGAUGAGAUUGCGAGCAGCAGCAGCAAAUCGUUUGCGACCUGCCACACCCUCCAACAUACUCACAACAUCGAUAGCAUCGAUCACGGCUAUUGCACGAGAAGCAACGUAUUCGCAGUUCACCCCGAUACACAAUCGAUUCGUCAAGGUACCACCAGUCGGUACUAUCGCAUUGGUAGUAGGUUACUUGGCGUGGGUGAUAUUACUUGAAUUCGUCAACAACAAUGUGGAUGGCGCACAACACUUUACAGCAUUGGGAGUUCGGGCUGCGUGGUUGGCAGUUGCUCAAGUCCCCUUGUUAAUUCUCCUUGCUGGGAAGAACAAUCUCAUCGGAGCCGUCACUGGUGUCGGGUAUGAACGACUGAACGUCCUUCACAGAUGGACAGCCCGAAUUCUGCUCAUCCUAGUCACUCUCCAUAUGCUCUUCCUACAUGUGUCAUGGAACGCUUAUGAUCUUGGACCGUUGGAGUACGCUACCGAUUCAUGUAUUCCAACUGGAUGGGCAGUUUAUGCUAUUCUAAUCUGGAUCAACAUCAGCACCAUCGCCCCAAUUCGGGUCCUCUCAUACGAAUUCUUCGUGGUACAACACAUCAUCACCUUCUUCGGCUUCAUCAUUGCGGUUAUGAUGCAUUUGCCCAGCACCGCACUGUACUCUAGAACCUAUAUCUACAUCCCGAUCGCUCUCUACCUCAUCGAUCGCAUCAUUCGCUCAGCUAGGUUCGCAUGGAAUAACAUUCGUCCCGGACAUGCUACCUUGACUGCAUUGGAAGGCGGUGUUACCAGAGUCACUAUCAAGAGCAAAGCAAUCAAGAAAUGGAAGGCAGGCUCUCACGUCUUCCUCUCUAUUCCAAGAUACGGUUUUAACCAAUCUCAUCCCGCAACCAUCGCUUCAGUUCCGGAAUCCCACAAUGGCGAUCUUGUCUUCCUCCUCAAGUCACACAAAGGUUUCACAUCACGUCUCUUCAGAGCCUCCAGCCACGAGUCAUCAACGAAGGAAAGUGUCGAAGUAAGUCAUUUAGCACUCAUCGAUGGACCGUACGGUAGCUCUCACGCCGACUUUGCUUGUUUCGAUACCAUCUUCCUCAUAUCCGGCUCCACAGGCACCACCUUCACUCUUCCCAUCCUCCUCGAUAUCGCAUCUCGAGCUCAAUCACAGAAGUUACCGAUCAAGCGAAUCACCUUCCUCUGGAUCGUGAAGAACACUGCCUGGGUAUCAUGGAUCUCCAAGGAACUCUCCUCUGCAGCCGAGAAGCUCAACGCCGUUGGCAUCGAACUCGAUAUCCGUGUUCACGUCACAUGUGACGACGAUUUCACCACCGGCGCGGAGAGUGGCGACGACGGUAAAGACUGUGAUUGUGAGUGUGACAAGAGUCUAGGACCUUGUUGUUGCAUCAACGUCGAUGAUGCCGACACAGUCCGAGAAAUCGUCGAUGAGAAAGGAACCAAGAUCACGUCCAAGAGCUCAGAUACUCAAAUCAAGGUCAACUCCAGAAGCUCAGGGUCUUCUUCGAGCUUGAAAUCUGGGAAUGGUGUUAAGAGCAGAGUCUUAUCGUGCGCGAGAUUCUAUAGCGGAAGACCAGAUCUUUUCGAGAUGUUGUGGGAGAGAUUGGAAAUCGCAGAGGGCGAGACGGGAGUCGCGGUCUGUGGACCGUUGGGUUUGAGUGCGGAUGUUAGGAGGAGUGUGGUCAGAUGCAGUGAUGAGAGGGGUGUUCAUAAGGGAACUGGCGCUCAAGGUGUUUAUUUACAUGCUGAGUGUUUUGGGUGGUAA